CGGGGAGGCGCUCUAUUUUAUCUCUAUUUGAACGAUAUUAUCGACCCAAUCGACGAAUAGAAAAGUCGGCCAAAACCAAAACGAUGGUCUCACCGGCGGAGCCACCGCACCACCAACUCCACUGCGGCCUUACCAAAUUCCUCAACACAACCGCCGCCUCUAUCUUCUCUGUCAUGUCCAAUCCCAAAACGACACCGUACUUUCCACCUUCCAAAAUCUCCGUUCCUCCUUUUCUGUUAGCCGACUCUCCGCUCCACCUCACUCCCUCGCCCUUCGAGUCAACUCAACAUGACUCCGUCUCUUCCAAGUCCACAAUCAAGGGCGUGUCUUCGGCCGAGUCCAGCCCCGGCUUCUCGUCAAAAGUCAGGGUUUCGGGAGUCACUUCCAAUGGAAAAAGUGGUGGCCCCGCCUUCGUUGGCCAAGUGUUUAGCAUGUGUGAUCUCUCCGGCACUGGUCUUAUGGCUGUUUCAACUCACUUCGAUAUUCCCUUCAUUUCUAAGAGAACUCCGCAGUGGCUUAAGAAGAUAUUUGCAAACAUUACAAAGAGCGAAAGGAAUGGCCCUGUUUUUCGUUUUUUCAUGGAUUUAGGUGAUGCAGUUAAUUAUGUCAAACACCUUAAUAUUCCUAGUGGAGUCGUGGGUGCUUGUCGUCUUGAUUUAGCUUAUGAGCAUUUCAAGGAAAAGCCUCACUUAUUUCAGUUUGUUCCUAAUGAGAAACAGGUAAAGGCAGCCAACAAGCUUCUUAAGACAAUCCCACAAAAUGGUGAAAGGAGAAAGGUUGAUGGUGUUCCUGUUUUUGGUGCUCAAAAUUUGGAUAUUGCAAUAGCUACUACAGAUGGGAUUAAAUGGUAUACUCCAUACUUCUUUGAUAAAAACAUGCUGGACAAUAUUCUUGAAGAUUCUGUUGAUCAGCACUUCGAUGCUUUAAUUCAAACUCGCCACAUGCAACGUCGACGGGAUGUAAUUGAUGAUAAUUUGGCAGCUGAAGUGAUUGAAGAAAUUGGAGAUGGCAUGUGGGAGCCUCCAGAGGUUCAAGAAGUUAUGGAUGAAGUUGGUCAUCCUGUCAUACCUCUAAGUGUCAUUUCGAAGGCUGCUGAAAUUCAACUUCUCUAUGCUGUUGACAAAGUGCUCCUGGGCAAUAGGUGGUUACGGAGAGCCACUGGCAUUCAACCAAAAUUUCCUUAUAUGGUUGAUUCAUUUGAGAGAAGGAGUGCUGCUUCUUUUCUAAGAGCCUCUGAGUUAGCCACAUGCUUUUCCAAUUCUGAAACAGAUAAUGGCACUUCAGAGAUCAAAUCAGUCGAUGAUCUUAAAACUGAGAAUGGGCAGAGACAAGAUUUCCGGUUUCCAUGGUUGAAACGACGGAUACCUAAACAGAUAUCUGAUGCAAGAGAGGAGAGUGCAUCAAACGAAUGCAAAAAGCAGAACUUAGAAUCCAACCCCUUUCUUCCAAAGGUUACAAUGGUUGGGAUCUCAACAGGAGACAGGCAGGUGAGCAAAUCUAGUUUGAAGAAGACUAUGGAAGAUCUAACCCGAGAAUUGGAGAAAACAGAUCAGGGAAAUGGCACUGAUAGUGAUGUUAAUGAGGUAGAAGUUGAAGAUAGAGAUCCACUAUUCGUUGCAAAUGUGGGUGAUUAUUUUUCGGGGUUGGCAAAGACAGGCUCAGCACGAUGGGUUCGAGGAGGUAACAACUGAAAGAACCUUGUUAUCUAUGAUGUUACCAAUUCAUUUUCCCCCUUGUUUUGUACGUCUGAGUAGGUACGAUGCAUUCGCAUGGAGCUGUGUAUGCAAGUACAUUAGGUAAAGGGGUGUAGGCGAUCAAGGUAGUACUAGUAUUAUUGAAAUGGCGUGUAAUUUUGGAAAUCGAUUCCCUUUCUCUGUAUAAUUAUUGCCCUUGCCUUUGACCUUCAGCUUCAGCAUGCAAUGUAAAUGUGAAAAGUCAAGUUAUUGUUCUGAUCA